AUGCGUCGGGCAAAGUACCACACAGCGUACGAGUUCGGCUGGGAACGAGGCAGAUAUACCAACAAGUCAGCGGGGUGCACCGUCCUGCUCCGCUCUCGCGUCUUCAGACGGUGCCACGUGGUCGACAUCCGUCAUCCACCUGGAGAGCUGGCUGGCCGUGGUGGGUUGGUGAGAGUACGGUCUGGAGUUUUCGACAUCGCCAUCAUUGCAGCUUACUUUCCACCACAGAGCAACAUGACGGCCGACCAUUGGAGGCAAUGCUGCCGCAAGUUAGCUGGUUGGAUGCACAAGUCGGUGCAGGAGGCCAAGCAGAGGUCGCUCGUCAUCGUCGGCGCGGACUGCAACUGCGGGUUCGGCCUCCGUCGCACAGGGCACGGUAUAGCGACGACGACGGUGGGCCACCAGCACAUCGGCCAGUACGGCAACCACUUCGAGAAUGAGGUCCCCCUGGAGCUGUGGAGGCUCCUGGAGAUGGAGAACAUGGCGGCGGUGGACACCUUCCACCCAGUCGGCCCCACGUACUUCGGCACCCAGUCGCAGAGCUCGCCUGACCACAUCUUUGUCCCGUCGGAGGCGGUCUCGUCCACUGUACGGUGCUGCGCGUUGCGCAAUGCCAUGCGUGACCUCCAGGCGAUUCCAGAUUGUCGUCCGCGUGAUCAUGCACCUCUCCUGUGGCAAGUGCGGUACACCUUGCAGGCGCCACCUGGACCCAAAGGAGGACCUGUGUGGGACAAGGACCUCGUCGUUCGCCUCCUCCGACACGAUGGCUUUGGAGCUGAGGUUCUGGGGGAGCUCGAGCGUCGGUCAGCCUCGCACCCGAGGGAGUGGGAGCGUGACACGACUCGCGCUGAUCCCAGUCACUCGUGGGAGAAGCUGGUGGAGGACGUGCGUGCUGCAGCGCUUCCCGAGCUUGCGAGGACGGCGAAGCACGGCCCGCUGGCCCCGCACCUCGCGGCGCGGGCCGAGGCCCUCCAGCGGCGCAGGCUGGCCAGAAGGGGCUGCUUCACCGAGGAGCAGCGUCACCAGCUUCGGACCAUCGAGAAGGACAUCAAGCUGCUCAAGAAGCGGCUAGACCUCGAGCACGUGGAGGAACUGCUGACUGAGGCGGAGACCCACCGAUACGCGGCCGACUACCACGGAGUAUGGAAGCUCAUCUAUGCCAUCGGGGCUCGCUGCCGUGGACCCCGACAGCGGUCUUUCAACGUCCCUGACCAGUACCGACCUUCACUGGAAGAGUGGGCGUCCACAAUGUGCUCGAACGCUCGGGAGGGUGGCUUCAGCGCAACAGUGAUUGACGACCCGAUGCAGCCCACUCGGGAGGCCAUGGAGGGGAACACCAAGAAGGGGACAAAAGCCAUGAGAUUGAUCCAUUGCUACUGCCCGUUCGCGAAGGCCUGGUAUCGUGGACUCUAUCUUAGGCAUGAGGAGGCGGUGAUGGAGAUCAGGGCGGGGGAGCAGGUCGGGUACUUCCAACCGAAGCAUGGGACAGGGAUGGGGGACGGCAAUGCCUGCGAGCUCUUUGUGCGCAGUUUCUUGAGGCCCGUCGAGGCCUGGCGAGAUGAGCUGGGCGCCGACGAGGCCACUGUCUUCUGCAGUAAGUUGAACGCCCAGGUUCCGCUCCACAGAGCCUCGUGUGUCAUGACGUGCAGUCUGACUAAUGAGAUGCAUGGCGUGUCGGUUCGAGACUACGCCGACGACAUUCACCAAACGAUCCCACUCGCCACUUCGAAUCCGCUCGAGGCCAGGUCCAGGGUCCCGAAGUCCAAUGCCAUCCUCGAUCGGGAGCUGUCCAUCGGAGGAGGGUUCGCCCAGAACCCUGAUAAGGAGAACUGCAUGCCUGUCAUGGUGGGCCCUGGUGCCCACACCGCGUCCCGUGCCCUCCUGUCUCAGACGGUUCCGCUUCCUGGGGUCACGUCGUCGGAGGGCCUGUACUUGGGAGGGAUGGAACAGCUGACGGCGGGGUGUGGAGCUGAGAUGAAGAGGAGGGUGGAGGCUACGAGGGCGGCGUGGGGGAGGCUCGGCAGGUUCUGGGACAUCACUCGGUCGAUUCGCCUCAAACGACUGGCCUUCAAGGGAACGAUCCUGGCGGCGGCCUACUCGGGCCUCGAAUCGUACCUCCCCUCCAAGCUCGACCUCAGGAAACUCGAUUCCGUCGUGCUGGGCUUCGCUCGGGUUGUGCUCCGUGAUCGUCGUCCUGAAUUUGAGCAAGGCGCCCCUCCUGGUUCCUGCCCGAAGUAUCGAUCUCUCUCAGAGGCCCAGGUGUUGAGGCAACUCAGGAUUACAGACUCAAGAGCAGAGCUUCUUGUGCGCCGUCUCAGACAGUGGCAACGCUUCGCUCGUUACCCCGAAGACAGUGCGCAGCCGCUCACCGUGCUUUUUGGCAGCCUCGACGGCCUCGGAGAGGAGCCGACCUUCAGAGAGGACGGCCGAGUCGCUAGCACCGCCAACCCGUGGGCCCUCCAAUUGGAGCGAGAUGUACAGGCGCUACGGUACCUUCGCGGUGGUAAAGAGUUCGCGGAAAACUAUACUGUUCGCGAUAUCUUUACGAGGUUCCAGAGCUCCGUGGACCCCCUCGUGGAGCCCAAGGUCCCAGUGCUGGCGCCCCAGAGGAUCCUGAUGAGUUUGUUUGCGAACUACCUGGAGAUGGGGAGGAUGGGAGGUCCCGCAGCGGAGACCGAGGCAGAGGCGCACGGCGGGGACCUCGGGGGAGUGGCCAACGCGCUGAGCCAGCUCUUCCAGAACGCCGACCAGACGUACGGGCUGCAGCGCGGCGACGUAAUGGGCCUGGGCGACGAGGCGUUCCCAGUCGAGCUCAUCCAGGCCAUCUUCCCUGUGAUGGUGCGCGCGAUGCUGAAGAACAUACAGGGCCUCUCGGCCCUAGAAGCAGCCAUCUACCACAUCAUCCACUUGGAUCGAGACCACGACGUGUGCAAGGCCAUGAGGAUCACAGCCAAGUUCUAUGUCGACGAGGCCAAUCGCAGUCGCCGCGAGCACGCUCAAGAGAUCCGGGACCAACAGCCAGUGGAGGACUUGGAGAAACUGGGCGUGCCACACCCCCACCUGUGGCUGGCGCUAGUGGGCGGAGUGGUGCAACAGGGGGAACGCGUCGGAGCCGCCAAUCAUCUCGCCCUGAAGCAGUACCUCGACACCAUCAAAGCAGAUGGAACCAUCACGAACGACAGCCUGUGCAUGCAGAUCCGACACUGCAAGAUAUCGUACACUCACGAUCGCAAGCUGAUGAAGAUUCAUCUCGAGGCGCAGGGAUCAGGCGUGCAGACACAGUUGCUCGACUCCUUGAAGCAGCUCGGGGGAAAGCUCAUGAAGGGAACGCCACCUCGCUCGCAUCACGAGCGCCUGAUGCAGCUCUUCCUGGACAGCGCAGAGACGAUCUAG